UCUAUUAACCCAGGCAGUCAGUGGAAGGCGUGCAUUGGGGCCAUGGCUGCCACCAGUUUCGUAGCAGCGUCACUUCUCAGAAGGGCAGCUCUGCCUCUAGGUUUUGCGGUCUCCCUUCCUCUCAAAAACAACAAGCUUUCUCACCAGACCACCCUGCUCACUUUUCCUCUCACUCCUCGUUUGACUUCUUCAGCUUCAGGAUUAUGCCACUUAGCUCAAGCUGUAAAGGGGGAUGUUGCUGAGUUACUUAAAGGUGUGGGAGACAAAACUGUUAUUGAAGAAGUAAAGCGUAUUCUUGAGAUGGCUAGACGUGCAUCAUCAAGAAGAGAAAUUCUCCAUACGAAUUUUCUCACCCCUCCGGUGAUGAAGGAGUCAAUGCUAGCAUUGACAAAGCUAGCUGAUUUGAAAGCAGUUUCUCAGGGUGGAUACCCGCAGGCUGAGCGGUGCCGGAUUUCUGUUGGACAUCCAGAAGUAUUGACAAGCGAUCCUGAUAUAAUUGCAGCAUUGAGUAUCACAGGAAACUUUGGGUUCCAACCUUGUUCUCAUGGAGACUUUCUAGGAGCAAUUCUUGGUACAGGGAUUGCUAGGGAGAAGGUCGGAGAUGUUAUCUUACAGGGGGAGAAGGGGGCUCAAGUCAUUAUUGUUCCAGAACUCAUUGACUUUCUUAUGUCAUCACUCGACAAGGUUGGCAAUGUUCCAGUAUCUGUUACUAAAAUACCAUUGAUCUCCAUUGAUUACGAACCACCAAGUACUAAGUCAUUUAAAACCAUAGAAGCAUCAGCGAGGAUCGAUGCUAUAGCUAGUGCAGGAUUUAAGAUUUCACGGUCAAAACUAGUUGACCUGAUCCGAGCUAUUUCUCACCUAGCGCUCCUAGAAAAUAUUUAGAGGAAGUUAUGGGGCAUAGUGCAGGAAAAAAGGCCGGUCCGUGCCAGUACUUUAUAUAGUAAGACUUUAGUUAACUAAAAUUAAAAACUAUUAAAUCCCUCAUUCAAGAUUAAUAUGCUUUGCAAGUGUUUUAUUCCUUACAGUAGUAACAUCUUGCGUUUUUUAUUUUAUAUAUGUUAUUUCUUACUAGAACCUUACUCCAAAUGUGAUCACAUUUCAUUUGCAUACCUCAUUUUCAUUAUAUGAUUCAAACACAUGGCCUAAAGAAUCUUGAGAAAGUGAGAACA